CUUUGCCAUAAAUUCACUACAAAGUAUAAACAAAAAAUUCUAUCUAUUCUUUCACCCGGAUAGUCUUAAAUCAGCUUCAUAAUAAUGGCUGCUGUUCCCAUGAAUUGUGUUACGUUGACCACUUCCAUCCAUACAAACCAGAUAGUAGCAAAAGCAUCAACAGCGAAGUUAGUCCCAAUGGGUCAGACCAAAAGUGGUUUCCCUAGCUUGAGAACGUUUCGCUUUCAAAUUUCUUGUUCUGCAAAACCAGAAACCGUGGAAAAAGUUUGUACAAUUGUUAAGACCCAAUUAGCAUUGGCUGAUGACGCUGUGGUUGCACCCGACUCAAAAUUCUCAGCCCUUGGUGCCGAUUCCCUUGACACGGUGGAAAUCGUGAUGACACUAGAAGAGGAAUUUGGAAUUAGUGUCGAAGAAGAGAACUCUCAAAACAUUACAACAGUUCAAGAAGCAGCUGAUCUUAUUGAAAAACUUGUUGGGAAGAAAAAUGAAACUGGUCUUAUCGAAAAAGUUGUUGAGAAGAAUGCAACGGCGUAAAAUUUACCAUAUUUAAUGUGAUUAUUUAGGUCUCUUCAACUAUGGAACAGACUAUUAUCUAGAGAAUUUGUUUGAAAAAAAGGUAAAAUGACACAAUUGAACAGAGUAUGUUUAUAUGUGAUCUGCAAGAAUUUUGGAUUA